AUGGACGCCCGGACCCAAGCGUCCGAAACCCAGCAUUCUUACCCCCCAAGCCCGUGGACGUCAACACCGACGACUCCAAACGGGCUGACGGCGCACCUCCCAGACGGGUCCCAGGACUCUGCCUCUGCUGCCGCGGUCAACAACCUACAGUUUACUCCCCACAUCGGCUUCCUCCCGUUCAUCUUCCCGCAGCAGUCCGUAUAUCAGGCCCAGCUUCUCCAUUACAAUAAACUCAUCUCCCCGGCAAGAGGAGGUGGCCUACAGUCCGCGCCACUUCCUCCCAUCGUGUCCGUUCCUCACGUCCAGGCCACGCCAAGGUCGCGAUCUUCUAGCAAAGCAUCGCUCAGGGAUAGUGCCACCACCGCCAAGGGGAGCGCAGCUGGAGGCCAUGGGAGCCGCGCACAUCAGGGCUCAGACAAGAACCGCCCGGUUAUAACGUCCAAAGAGGUCCCGCCCAAGAUGCCUGCAAAGCUGGCGGCCGACUUGCCCAAAAACUUGCCUCAUCGAGCGAUAGCCAGGUCCUCAUCGCCCCACGGACUCUCCCACUCUAGCUCCGUGCCUUCUACACCCCAUCAGCAUGCCCGCCAGUUCUCCUUUGAGUCCCGGGAGCCAUCCCCCAAUGCUGGCAACAACCACUCGCCGCGCUCAGCCUACUCCGAGACCAACAGUGCGCUGCCUUCGUUACGGCCGCUACCCCCGCGAUUAGGGGGCUGCAAGUACGAGACCGCCCAGGUAAACUCGAGAAGAAGGAUACCCUACUCGGUCGGAAGCGAGCGCCUGGAAAAGCUGGAUCUGCGCAAUGUCAAAAGCAAGCUGUCGGAGAGCGAAGAGAAGCAGUUGGCUGCAGAUAUGAAUGAAAUAUAUAAUAAGCUGCUGCCUACAGAAAAGGUUGAGGAAAAUAGGAGGAAGCUGGUCAAUAAGCUGGAGACGAUAUUCAAUACCGAGUGGCCAGGGCAUGACAUCAAGGUGCACCUGUUUGGAUCGUCUGGUAAUCUUCUAUGUUCGGACGACUCCGACGUUGACAUUUGCAUCACAACAUCAUGGCACGAGAUGGAGGAUGUUUGCAUGAUAGCCGACCUUCUCGCCCGACGGGGCAUGGAAAAGGUUGUCUGCAUCUCUGCAGCCAAGGUUCCCAUUGUGAAGAUUUGGGAUCCUGAGCUCGGCCUUGCUUGUGACAUGAACGUCAACAAUACCUUGGCGCUGGAGAACACUCGCAUGGUGCGCACAUACGUCGAAGCUGACCCGCGUGUGCGAAUGUUGGCAAUGAUCCUGAAGCACUGGACGCGGAGGAGAAUUGUCAACGAUGCCGCUUUUGGAGGUACUCUGAGUUCCUACACUUGGAUAUGUCUCAUCAUUGUGUUUUUGCAGCUGAGGAACCCUCCUGUUUUGCCAGCGCUGCACCAGUUGCCGCACAAGACUACCAAGCCUGAUGGAACCGUCAGCGACUUUGCCGAUAAUCUCAAGAAGAUUAAGGGAUUUGGUAGCAAGAACAAGUCAAGCGAGGCAGAGCUUCUCUUCCAAUUCUUUCGAUUCUAUGCUCACGAAUUCGACUACGACAAGCACGUCCUCUCCGUGCGUCAGGGCAAGCUAAUCACGAAGCCGGAGAAAAAGUGGCAUUAUGCUAUGAACAAUCAGCUUUGCGUAGAGGAGCCGUUCAACACGUCUCGCAAUCUUGGCAAUACGGCAGACGAAUACUCGUUCCGUGGUCUUCACCUGGAGCUCCGAAGAGCAUUUGAUUUGAUCUCCGCUGCCAAGCUCGAAGAGGCCUGUGAGCAGUACGUAUAUCCAAAGGAGGAGGAGAGGGUUUGGUCUCGGCCGGCCCCCCAGUCCCGACCCGUACUGCUGCGCAGCUCCUCGCAAUCCAAUUCUGGGGGGCGAGGUGGUCGUGGUGGCCAUCGUGGCGGCCGGCAUAGCAAUAACUACCACCGUAAUGGAGGCUCCAAUAAUAGGAGGGCGUCGUCAACCACGCCCAACUACGACCCCACCAACAACCAGUACCCGUUUCCGUUUGCUCAGCAGGACUUGAUGCAGAUGGCGGCUUACCAAGAUGCCAUGCGCCAGCAGCUGCAGCACCUUUAUGCGCAGCAGACGCCAGCGUUCAUGGCUCAUCAAGCCAUGGGCCAGCAGAGGAUGUCCCCCAAUACCGGGUCAUCUAACCAACAGACGGCCACCGAUCGGUCUCGAACAAACUCGUUUGACAACGCACCCAUCAACACCACGAUGCGGCCUGAACUGUACGCCCUCUACGGCAUGGGCAUCAACCAACAAUUCUACGCGCAGACGGCAACGGGCUAUGGAACUUAUCCCUCUUCGCCGGUAACGUCCAACGGCAUGGGGCAAGAGUUCCGUCGCCCUUUGCAGAGGUCCAACGUUGCAUCGGAUACCGGUCUCUCGGCUUCAUCUAGCUCGUUGAGAUCGCAGUCUCAGCCUCCCUCGCGAUCGCCAUCUGGAGCACACAGUCGGGCGGCUUAUACCCCUGGGACCGGCCCUUCGAGUGCACCAGGCUAUGCUCCGAGACAAAUGAACGGCGUACCCAUUCCCAGCUUCGUCUCCGACGAUGCCGAUCUUGAAGAUCGAUCCAAGGCCGCCUCUGUCUCGCCGCAGUCUGAUGAGGGCAGGUCGAACGGGCUCCUGGGAUCACGGAGCUCGGGUCUUGGCCAGCCACAACUUCCCCAGAACCACAGCCCCACUGCAAACGGCCUUGCCUUUGGAGAUGUCGUCAAUCAGUCAUCCAGUCCCAGGCGCCGUCGGCUGUCUACGGAUCAACUGCCCCAGACCAUCCUGGACAGGAGGAUGAGGAGAACGUCGCGGUCACCCUCGCCACUCGACCACAGUCGGGCCAUGGCAACCGGGACGACUGCUUCAUCGCCCCUCGCCUCGGCUCCGUUCCCGGGUGUUGGCCAGGCUCAGAAUAAGAACUUGGCGAGACCUGUGGUUGUUAAUGGAUCCGGGCUCAAGACUAGCAUGCUUGCUGCAUCCAAUCAGGCGCAAAAGGAGCCCCCGGCACCUGAGGAAUGUGCCACUGCAAAGAUUGAUAACGCUCUGCAUAUCAAUUCGUCGCCGUCAACAAAGAGUACCAAUGCUUCGGGCGCGUCGAGCGGCCAGCUGAUGCCAUCGCUUGCACCCGCUCCCCCCUUGCCUGCGGUGGCGGCGGAUCGUCCUCCAGUUAUUGUCAACGGCACCAAUGCCAAGCCGGCAGUUCCCUCUACUGAAGAUGCCUCGUUCAGGGAUAGGGUCGCAAUGAUGAAUUCGUAUCAAGCAGGUUCAUUUGGGAUGACGCAGGAUGUUCUGCAAGUCAACGAAAUGACACAGCUGCCACUUCAAGCGAAACAGCGGCUCAUGUCCAGGCAGGCCCAGAAUGGCGUUAUUGCCCCCUUGGACCUUGCCAUAGCCGACCACCGUAAAAACUUGGGUGUCGAGCAGGCCCAUUUGUCGCCAGUUUACGAGGCGCAGACAUCGUCUCCAACAAUGCUGCGAAAGCCGGAUGUGCCCGCACCCGUCGCCGGCAAGACUGCUCGUGAAAAGGCAGAUGCUAAGGCAACGCGCGAAGAGACGGCCAAGCCCGCGCCCAAGGUGGAGGACAAGCUUCAGCCAGCCCCGGAGGCUCAGAAGCAGUCCAAGGCGCAGAAGUCGGCUGGCCAGAACCAGCGUAACAAUGCGCCACGGGAGAAUGGCGGCCAUGUGCGGAGUGCCAAGAGCGAGAGCGACAGCAGCUGGCAGAGAGCUGGUGGUAAAGGGAAGAAGAAGGGAUCGAGUGGGCUUGCGCCAAACGCACACCCGGAGCAGUUACCAAAGAGUGAAUCAGAGCGAAAGGGAGGUUGA